CGAGAGCGAAUACUCCAGGGCGGACUGCUUCGGGCGCAUGCGGCAACCUCCCCUUCGCUGUCGCGAGGUUUCGUCUUCCCGGAAGCCCUGGAGGACAGUCUUCGUGAACGGCGUCGGCAUGUGUGGGGGAUGUGUGGAGAAGGAGUAUCCCAACCGGGGUAACAUCUGCCUGGAGAAUGGAUCUUUCUUGCUGAACUUUACAGGCUGUGCAGUGUGCAGUAAGCGGGAUUUUAUGCUGAUCACAAACAAAUCUUUGACAGAGGAAGAUGGAGAAGAAAUAGUUACCUAUGAUCAUCUGUGUAAGAAUUGUCAUCACGUAAUAGCCAGGCAUGAGUACACAUUCAGUAUCAUGGAUGAAUUUCAGGAGUACACCAUGCUGUGUCUGUUAUGUGGCAAAGCUGAAGAUACUAUCAGUAUUCUCCCUGAUGACCCUCGACAAAUGACUCUGUUAUUCUAGGAUCUUUCUGCAGUUCUGUAGUAACUAUGUUGUAUUGGUUUACAAUACAGCAAGCCUCAUGGUUUGUCUUACUUUGUUUAUAAUGGAAAUUAUUUUGCAUAUUUUUUUCUGCUUAGACUUAACUAUCCUUUGAAAGAAAAAGUAAUUUAGGGGAUUAUAUUCUUCUGCUGAGCUCUUCUGCUAAAGUUCCCAGUUCACAUCAAAAUGAAGACUCUCUAUUAGAAGUUAUGUGGCUAGAAAAUAAAACUAGAAUGGGAGCAUACCUAAUGCCCAGGUCUUAGUCCCAAUAAAAGGAACCAGGGCUCCUUGGAGAAAUGAUUGAUUCUAGGACUGGGGCAGUAAAUAUACACGAUGAGCUUGGAGCAUUUUGUGCCAUAAGGAAAGUGCCAAAAAACCCCCCCAAAAAACCAAACCAAAACAAAACAAAACAAAAAACCCAUAAAACACAAUGAUUGGAAGUAUGUCAAAAGGACAAAAGAGCCAACUGAAGGAGCUCCCAGUGACUGAAGUUGGAAUAGUUUCAGCAACAAAAUAAA